AUGGCGGAAGAAAGUUGUUGUGGCUGCGUCUCGCUCGACCCGGACAACGAGUACGACACGGGACUGCACGUCGGCGCUAUCUUCAUUAUCUUUGCAGUCUCUGCAGCAGGCACGAUGGUCCCCAUCAUCUCGCAAAAGGUCUCGUAUUGCAACACCAACUCGGUCAUCAUGGAAGCGAUCAGUGCCUUUGCCUACGGUGUGGUCCUUGCUACAGGUCUUAUCCACAUGGUCAACGAAGGGAUCGAGAAGUUGAGCAACGAGUGCCUCGGUUCCAUUGUAGAAGACUACGGAAGUCUCGGUCUGGCGUUCGUGCUGAUCACGCUCGUGCUCAUGCAUUUCAUCGAGUGCGAGAGCUCGGUGUUCUUUGGUGCUCAAGGCUCGAUGCUCCACGGGCACGGGCAAGACCAUCAUGCCCAUGGAGAACCCGUUGCUCAGGAGGUGUUCGCGACUCCGGACGGGCUUAAUUACACCCCUGAUGAGAAUCUGUACCACGUCAAGCCUCACAGUGCACCCGCCUCGACUACUCGUCGCAAAGUCGCCACAAUCAUCUUCGAGGCCGGUGUCCUCUUCCACUCUGUGAUCAUCGGAGUUGACCUCGGCGUCACGACAGGAUCCGAGUUUGAGACGUUGCUUGCAGCGCUGUGCUUUCACCAGUUUUUCGAGGGGAUCGCUAUCGGUGCCUCUGCUCUGAGCUCGCUCGAGAGCAAGACGAAACUAUUUGUGCUGAACUUUGCGUUCGCUGUCACGACUCCUAUCGGUCAAGUGAUUGGCAUUGCUAUCCACAGCACGUACUCGGAAACCUCGGCGACCGCUUUGUGGGUGCAGGGCACUCUUGACUGUGUCGCUGGUGGCAUUUUGCUCUACACGGGUCUAGUGGAGCUCAUGACGUACAACAUGACCACGAACAGUAAGUUCCUGUCUCGGUCGGCGCUACAGCGUUUCACAUUGUACACUUGUCUAUGGCUGGGUGCCGGCUUAAUGGCACUUAUUGGCAAGUGGGCGUAG